UCACAUUGAAAGUUUUUGUAUCAGACCGUGGUGGGAGCACCAUACACGUUUAUCACUUCCCUGCAAACCGUUUGUAUCCUUUUUACUUCAUGUCAUUCUAGAGUCAGCCCUGGCCGUGUCGGUGAGCAGCCCGGUGAAGCGCUAUGUGGUCAUCCUGUUCCAGCCCGUCACGCUCACCUGCAACUUCCAGACCACCGCCUCGCAGCCGCCGGUGGUCACGUGGCGCUACAAGUCGUACUGCCGCGACCCGGUGCAGGCGGCGCUCAACCCCAGCAGCGCCGACAACAUCCUGUCGCAGAAUAACCCCAACUACGACCCCAACAUCGAGUGCGCCGACAGCCAGCGCACGGUGCGCAUCGUGGCCUCCAAGCAGGGCAGUGCCGUGACGUUGGGCAGCGAGUACCAAGGACGCAAGAUCAGCAUCAUCAACAAUGCUGACCUGAACAUUGCACAGACGGCGUGGGGCGACAGCGGGGUCUACGUGUGCUCUGUCAUCUCCUCGCAGGACCUCUCAGGCAAUGGCGAGGACUACACCGAGCUCAUUGUCUUGGGUAAACGCCAAUCAACUGCUUCUUACUACUGGCCUUCUCUUCCCUUUGCUGUACCCCGACCAAAAUACACUAAUAGGAGAAAAGGU